UGGAGACGUGGAGUUGUCGAGAGAGCAGACGUUGCUUGUGUAAAAGAAGCUAUCCUUUGCUUUUGUCCAUUUGCCUUUCGCAACCACUGUGUCCUUGGUGGUGUAGGCUUGAGCACAGAUUUUCCGCCGCUAAAUAUAUUGAAACGGUACGGUCCUUUCCAAGCUCUCCCGCUAGCCAGCGGGUGCAAUGGAGACUGAAGAGAAGCUAGACUUGCAGUCCAGCGAAGGAGACUGCGCCGUGUUGUGUGCGCAGACCGAGGCUGAAGCCAGCCUGGAUGCAAUGCUAAGCCUGGCGUGUCGGCAAGGCAAGCAGGACAUCGUGGAGCUUCUUCUGGAGAGCGGUUCUCUUGUGAAUCACCGAAACAAGGCAGGGAAUACUCCUCUGCUCGAAGCAUGCAGCCAGGGUCAUGUAGACGUGGCCAGGCUGCUUUUGGACCGAGGUUCUGUGAUUGAUGCUCCAACGGAGUUGAAGUCAGACAGCGCGCUAACUUGGGCGUGCACGCUUGGAAAGAAACUAAUCGUACAUUUGCUUUUGACUCGCGGAGCGAACGUUGAGCACAGGACCAAAGAUGGUUGCACAGCCCUGAUGUGCGCUGCGUUGGCCGGACACGAGCAAGUGGCUAACCUGCUGUUGGACUACGGCGCUGAGAUCAACGCGCAGUCCGACUCGAACAAGGACAGCCCGCUUACGUUUGCCUGCAGGAAGGGCCAUCAUGAUGUUGUUGAGUCGUUGCUGAAUCGCAGCGCACAUAUUGAGCAUUGCACGAAGGAGGGCUUCACUCCUUUGAUGUUUGCUGCACUCUGCGGUCAUACCGCCGUCGCCGAUCUGCUGCUGGUUCAAGGUGCCAAGGUGAAUGUGCCGUCCGGUUCCAACAACGACAUCCCGCUGACACAUGCGUGCUGUAAAGGCCACCACUCGGUCGUCAAGUCGCUGCUCGAGUAUGGAAGCAACUUGGAGCACCGCACCAAGGAUGGCUGCACGCCGCUGAUGUUAGCGGCACGCGAGGGUCACUUGAGCGUGGCCAUGCUGAUACUGGAGUACGGCGCCAAGUUGAACAGCCCGUCCGGCAACGAGAACAACAUUCCACUGACGCUGGCUUGCUGGAAAGGCCACUGCGAAGUGGUGGAGUUGCUGCUGCAUCACGACAGCGAUCUUGAGCACCACAACAAAGCUGGCUGCUCACCGCUUAUGCUGGCUGCCCGAGAGGGCCACGUUGAGGCAACUGAGUUGGUGCUCGAACAUGGCGCCGAGAUCAAUGUGCCGUCCGGUUGGAACGAUGACACUCCGUUAACGUUAGCAUCGUGGAAGGGACAUGCGGAAGUCGUGGAGCUGCUGCUGUCCAAUAAGUCCAAUGUGGACCACCAGACCAAGACUGGAUGUACGCCGCUCAUGGAGGCUACACGAGAAGGACAUGCACUCGUAGCGCAGUUGCUGCUUGAGUAUGGUGCUGAGUUACAAGUUUUGGAAGCUGUUUGUCAGCGCAUUCAUAAGCCGAAUUUGUGUGUCCAGAAAGAUAGUGUUAUUACCCUAAAAUUGUUCAAAUAAUGUUCUUUUGUGUAGUGUGGCAACGUUGUUGCCACUUGUGCCUAAAUGUGUUUUGUCACCUUCUUGUUUAUUAUUGUUAUUAUUAUCAUUCGUUCUCACUUUUUUGUUUUUGUUGCUGAUACACACUUGUCACGCUUAGUUCUUACUUGUAUACCCUUGUUUUGUGCACACUUUUGUGAGAAAUAAUAAUAAUAAAUUAUAACUAGUCUUUAGUCUUUAUAAGCGAAGUCAGUUGACUGUACUGUACGUAGUAGCUAAUAUUGACUGAG